CUCCCUUGGUGAGUAUCCAUACAAUGUCAUUCUAGAGGCCCUGAGGCUAGAUAGACAUCUGCCGAUACAAACUGUCAUUGUCCUCCGAGUCAGGUUCGUACAGGCUUGCACAGGCUCCAGCGAUCGGACUGAAACUCGUAUUUUGGUUUGGCUAAACACUUUCUAUGAUUCAUGAUUUUGAUGGCCCAUCUUGAUUCGACAACUUUCCCAUACGACAAUUGCGCUAGAUCGAAAACAACUCUGUUGCGCGAAAUGCCUGCUUGGCCUAUGCGCAAACACUAUUGUGGUAUCCCUUGCCUUGUUUACAUGGGGGUACGGGGUACGUCGUCGCAGGGGAUACCAUGGAUCAAGUUAAAUACUCUCUUGGGGGCACUUCACUCCUCCUAGAGUUGCCGGUUUCUAUACUGCCAUUUCCCCUUCUCCAAUCUGCCCUUAACAGAGCUGCGAGACAGGAUUUUCUUCGAAAAAUAGGGAUACCUUCUUAUUUAUAGACUUUGUUGCUGAAUCUCUCCAGCGAACGUUCAUAAUGUCCGUCAACCCAGCUCACGUCAAUCCGCUCGACUGCAACGAAGUAUCUGAACAAUGCCCCGUCAAAGCCUCGAUUUAUGGGUACUAUCCCAUUCUAGCAUCCAACGCCUUUUUCAGUGCCCUGUUUGGCCUUUGCUUCAUUGUCAACUUCGGCCUCGGCUGGCGCUAUAGGACCUGGUCCUACAUGCUUGCAAUGUGCCUUGCAUGUGUGUCUAGCUGCAUCGGCUAUGUUGGCCGAUGUCUCAUGCACCGAAAUCCCUUCGACUCUGUCGGCUUCGAGAUUCAGAUCUGUUGCCUCACAUUUGCCCCCGCUUUCAACGCUGCCGCGAUAUAUCUGAUUCUGAAGCACCUGGUCUUGCAGCUCGGCAGAGAAUUAUCAAGGAUCAGACCGAAAUACUACACAUGGGGUUUCAUUACAGCCGAUUUUCUUGCCCUGACGCUACAAGCAGCCGGUGGAGGGAUUGCAGGAUCCGCCGGAGACGACGAGAGUUUCCGAAAUGUCGGAGACAGACUCAUGAUUACUGGCAUCUCCUGGCAGGUCUUGACUCUCUUGAUAUUUGGAGCGACCACUACCGACUACUCGAUUCGACGUUUGAAAUCUCAGCCGCUUCCCGAUCCCGCGCGCUCUCUAAUUCACGAUGUGAAGUUCCAGGUCUUUGUUGUGGCCCAGUUAAUCGCUUACCUCGCCAUCUUAAUUCGAUGUGUCUAUCGAGUUGCCGAGAUGGCUAAUGGCUGGCGCAACCCAAUCAUGCAGAACCAAGGUCUCUUUAUCGGGCUUGACAGUGUGUUAGUACUGCCCCUACCCCCAAACUUUGACAAGGCUCUGAUGAGCGAUCCAGCCAGGUCGGUUCUGCCACAAUCAUUCAGACAUUUCUACACCCUGGAUAUUUCUUCCCAGCCCUCGCAAGCUAUAGUAACCGGAAAGGGGCUCGAAAGACAGAUAAUGUCCCGGAGGAAUCGAGCAGUAGUGAACUUCGGGUGGAGAAAGCCAUGGUGUAAACUGUCCCAUGUUCGGUUCGAUAGGGGUUGAAUCGGUCGAUAGGCUACGUUCGCAAACCACAGAGUAUCGCAGCGGCAGAGAAUCUAUCUCCAAGCUAGCAUCAGGCAUUA